GCGCUCAUGAUGCGCGCAUGCGCAGAUCACAUUCCUCCCGAGCAGGACCAGCACUGUGGUACUGAGCAGAGUCUUGCUAUGAGUGCCAAAGCAGACCUGGAUGUCUUGCCACAUGAUGCAGAUGUCCCGUCUGAAAGCAGCGUCUCUCACGCUCCCAAUGACAGUUCUGCACAGCGGCUGAAAACCCAGGAUACUUCCACAAUAAUUUUUCCAGUUUCUGCUCAUCCAUUGCCAAAAGUGGAGCUGCCUCCAAAUGCAAUCAAGCCGAUUAAAGGCAGUGAACUGGAGGCCGCAUCACUUCCUGCGCAGGUUGGAGGGACGAUUGUCCAUGUUCUGGGCUGGAAGGAGGGAAUGGCCAUCCUCCCUGGAAGCAAUCUGAAGUUAUGUGUUAGUGAUACUGGUUCACUGGAAGUGAUCAAUAAAGGGAAAAUAGGCUCUGCUAACCUGACCACUGAAGGAGCGCAGACAAAAUCAGCUGAUAUCAAACAAGCUGAGAAACCAGACGUCUCAGCAGGUGGGAAUGUCAGGUCCAGUGCAUUUGUGGAGGCUGACAGACUUCAGAGAGAGUGUAUGGAGGCUCAGGACAGUCCAGCUCAUAGCAAGCGCACUGAGACACCGGGCAAACAGACGUACCUGACAGAGCUACGCCGGGAGACGAUGGCUGAACAUCCUGCAGGGAUUGCAGAAGCACAGGUGAUCUAUCAUGAGCAUGAAAUGCUGAAGCCCAUGAAGAAGAGAAAGAGGAGGGAAUACAACAGCCCAUCAGAGGAAGAGUCUGAUGCUGAGCCAAUGGAGGAGAAAGUGGAGGCUUUAAAAAUGGAUGGCAGACAGAACAAAGCAGGCUCAGCAGAGAGUAAGCUGGAGCUGUGGUCCUGGCCGCAGUAUCUAGAGCAGCAGAAAGCUGUGGCCGCUCCAGCCAGACACUUCCAGGAGACCCAGAGGGUUCCCACGAUUAAGAACAGCUUCAGACAGGGGAUGAAGUUAGAAGGCAUCGACCCCCAGCACUCCUCCAUGUAUUUCGUCCUGACAGUCGCUGAGGUCUGUGGCUUCAGAUUGCGCCUUCAUUUUGAUGGCUAUUCUGACUGCCAUGACUUCUGGGUCAGCGCCAGCUGCCCUGAUAUUCACCCCGCUGGAUGGUGUGAGAGCACAGGACACAAGCUCUACACCCCAAAAGGAUGUAAAGAAGAGGAGUUUUCUUGGUCCAACUACCUAAAGAUCACCAGAUCACAAGCCGCACCGAAGGAGUUGUUCUGUAGCUCAGUCAGACCAGAGACAGACUGUGGGUUUGAGUUGGGGAUGAAGCUGGAGGCUGUGGACCGCAUGAACCCGUCUCUCAUCUGUGUUGCCACGGUAACAGACAAAGUGGACAACCGCUUCCUGGUUCACUUUGAUAACUGGGACGACACGUAUGACUACUGGUGUGAUGCUCACAGCCCGUACAUUCAUCCCAUCGGCUGGUGUCAGGAGAGGGGCCUGCCGCUGACGCCCCCUCAGGAUUAUCCUGACCCUGACAGGUUCUCGUGGGAGAGGUAUCUGGAGGAGACGGGCUCGACGGCGGUCGCUCCUGAAGCCUUCAGAGUGCGCCCCUCCCACAGCUUCCAGGUGCAGAUGAAGCUGGAGGCGGUGGAUAAGAGGUGUCCGGGCCUGAUCCGCGUGGCUACGGUGCAGGAGAUCGACACUUACAGAAUCAAGAUUCAUUUUGAUGGCUGGAGUCACUUGUAUGAUGAGUGGAUGGAUUCGGAUCAUCCGGACAUCCACCCUGCGGGCUGGUGUGAGAGCACAGGACACCCCCUCAAACCUCCACCCUGCCAGCACACUGCCCAGAAACCCGGUCCCCAGGAGAGCCUGACAGCCCGGCAGCCCAGCUUCUCCUCCAUGCCUUGUAAAAGUCUGCCUCAGCCACGCAGCACCUCCAAAUACAGCUUCCACCACAGAAAGUGCCCUACUCCAGGAUGUGACGGGUCAGGUCAUGUGACCGGCCUUUUUUUACAGUAUGCUACAAGAAGUUUAGGUAUUGAGGCUUUGGUCUAA